AUGACUCAUUACAGCAAUAUAGCUGGACUAGCUUUUGGGGGUAGAGACGCUACAGGGAAGAUAGUGAUGGCAGAGCAUGGAGACGCAAGGUGUCCUCAAUUUUGCAGGCUGAAGCGAUGGCUUGUAGGAAAGGCAAUUAAGGAAGCUGUCAACAUAGAACUAACAGAUGUCAUGGUGGAAACAGAUGCAAUGUUGGUAGCUGAAUCAUUGAGAAAAGAUAAUGAAACUGUGCCUGGGAAAUUAUCUGUUGACUUGGGUAUGAAGCUUUUAAGAACAAUUGAUAGACCUGAGCACAAAGUGAAAUGUUCUUUCUCUGAUGAUUUGAUGCGUAUAUUAAGUAGUAGCUAUGAAGAUGAAUACAAGACAAUUGUUAUGGAAUUGACGUUCAAUUAUGGUGUGACUAAAUACACCAAGGAAAAAAUGCGUAUGCGCAGUGCUAAGGUUGUCAAUUUUGUAACACAAGAGCUUGGUGGCAAGAUAACUUAUCAACCUAGGCCAAUUCCUAGACUCAACACCAAAAUCACCUCUUUUUUAGAUCUAGAUGGCUAG